AGGCCUGCUGAAGAGUGACGUCACUGCGCACAUGCGUAUGAGCGGUGGGCGGAGCGUCUCCAGUCGGUCAGGAAGAGGCGAAAGGCGGACACAGAAAACAUCAAGCGAUGGCAGCCAUCAGGAAGAAGCUGGUGAUCGUCGGGGAUGGUGCGUGUGGGAAAACCUGUCUGCUCAUCGUCUUCAGCAAGGACCAGUUCCCGGAGGUCUACGUCCCCACGGUGUUCGAGAACUAUGUGGCAGACAUUGAAGUCGAUGGGAAACAGGUUGAAUUAGCACUUUGGGAUACAGCGGGACAGGAAGACUAUGACAGACUGAGGCCUCUCUCCUACCCUGACACUGAUGUUAUUCUCAUGUGCUUCUCCGUAGACAGCCCUGACAGUUUAGAAAAUAUUCCAGAAAAAUGGACCCCGGAAGUAAAACACUUCUGUCCAAAUGUUCCCAUCAUCCUGGUGGGCAAUAAAAAAGACCUGCGCAAUGACGAGCACACCAGACGAGAGCUUGCCAAAAUGAAACAGGAACCAGUUAAAUAUGAAGAUGGAAAAGAGAUGGCAGCCCGCAUCAGUGCCUAUGGCUACCAGGAGUGCUCCGCCAAAACCAAAGAUGGUGUGAGAGAAGUCUUUGAGAUGGCAACUCGAGCAGCACUGCAGGCCAAGAAACGCGGCAAGAAGUCCACCUGUCUCCUUCUAUAGGCUCGUGGAGAAGAGGAAGGGGCCACCCUCAAGCAUAGACGGAGAGGGUGGCUUCCGAUGAGAUUUGAUACAGGGGAGAAUAUUGGCCCAGCAAAGUUUUGCAGAUGCUCAAUUUGUGAUCUACCAAUUAUCCUCAGCAAAUUAAAAGCAGGUCUGAAAUUGCUAGGCUUCUACACACUGGUCCUUCGUCUAUACAUUAGGUUAUGUGCCAUUUUGCUUGCAUCUAUCCAAAACUUUCAGAUCUAGGGUUCUUUUAAGGCAGGUUGUGGGGGGGGCAGGGGGGCGGUUUGAAGUUGAGUAGAUGUAAUCGGGUUGAAAUAUGCCAUGAUGGGAAUGAAGAGAGAAAAGGUCCUUACCAGGCCAAAGACAAUGGGGACAUGGGACUGGGGGGGGGCAAGACAUUAAUAUGAAAUAGUUUUGAAUUAAGACCAUGCGUAAGUGGAUUUUACACAGUAUCGCCUACAUGUAGUGCCUUGAGAGCAGUGGUCAAGAAGAGCAAGUUAUUGGGUAGGGAUUAAUAACUUGGAUGGGGUGUUAUAAUGUAAUUUGUAGUGUCCACACUUCACGUUUUCCCCUGUCAUUGACUCGGCUCCUUCAGGCCCAUAUUCUGACUCAGGCACUAUGCAGGGGUAUGCCUAAACCAGAUUGUAUAAGAUAUUUUCCCCUACUGAAAUAUUGAAAUACUUACCUGAACUUAAGUGUGUGUGUGUGAGUGUGUGUGCGUGUGUGUGCAGCAGUAUGGUGGUUCGUUUUUUCCCGUGCAGGUCUGCAUGUGGUGAAUGUGUGUAUAUUUGUGCAAGUGUGUAUUAACAUACUGUAUGUGUCUACGUACUGUAUGCAUGGGAAAAGCCUUCUGCGUCACUGACCUAACCCCUUGUUUCCAUGCCAAAGUUACCCCCUGAUGGCCACAUUUUAUGGCUCAGACGGGUAAUGGAAUCAACAGCUACUCAGAGUGACAUAGAAACCUUCACUUUACUGGAAGACAUUGUACUAUAGCUUGAGGCACAAUCAGGUUAAACAAUAUUAUGAGUUAUUAGGACCUUUUUGUGUACACCAGAGAGUCAUUUGAUUGUGUUGAUCAGUGGGUCAAAUCACGAGUGGUGUAGACGAUACGUUGAAUAUUCUUUCAUAUAGAUGGUAGGGUUAUCUUAUUACUAUUAUGUCCAUUAUGUACUGUAUGUCUUACAAGGCCUUGUAAGGACAUGUUAAUGAUGUGUAUUUCAAGUUUGCCUUUUACUCCACUCUCCCAUAGUCCCUUUUUAUGAUAUUGUCAUUAUUGUACUAUAACUUUUUAUCAUUGUCUCUAAUUUUCUUAUGUUUUUUAAUCAUUCUACUUAAUCCUGUGAUGAUCAUCUUAUGUCAGUUAAAUUGAUCAAUUGUAACCUUAGUAUUAUUCAUUUAAUUAAUUGAAGGUCAAGCUUGGGGUGCAAGGUUGGAUGGUUUUGGGGGUGGGCUGCUAGAAGUUUUUUUUGUACUGUGACAUAUUGGGAUUUCUGGAUUUCUUUUUCCAAAUAAAGUUGGUAUUAGGGUU